UCAAUGCUUCAUCGCCCACACGCCCACCAGCAGCCCCUCCUGCUCCCCGGGGGGAAUUGGCGCUCACGCUGCUGCUGCUGCUGCCGUUGAUGCUCGCGCACCGGUUCACGAUCAGAAGGCACAUUCACGCUCUGGCUGGCAAUAGCGGCGGCAGCAUCAGCAGCAGCGAUGCGUUGUGACAACGCCCUGCCGACCAUCACAGCGUCCAUUCAGAAUGGAAUCGUCGGUCCCAGCGUAGGGUAAAGGAUUCAUUCCCCAGCGCGGCGCCUGCUUGCUGGCCGAGUCCACGUACAUAUAUAUUUUUUGUCAUUCGUGGUUUUUCUUAUUGUUUUAAUGCCGUCGGUGGCUUAGAUUUAUGUAAUUGAUUUCUUUUGUUUUGUGUUCUUCUCGUUGAAAACACGUCGAUGCCACUGCAACUCGGGGAGGGGGUGCUUAUUUAAAUAUCCUGUGCAUAUUCGGAGGGCGACAAUUUCAACGUUCCGUUGCUCGUACGCCUGACGAUGGAGGCUGUAAGCUGCGGAGCAGCAGCAGCAGCAUCAUCACCAGCACCGGCAUCGGCAGAUCCCCCUCGGCCGCAGCAUCCCGAGCAGAAGAGGUCCAGCAACCGGACACCGUCCCCAGCGCGUCCGAGGGGCGGCCACGCUCGCCUGUCCACGGCCACCAAGCCCGGGCUGCCCACCAAGCCCGGGGCCAGCAAAGCCGGCCUCUCCCCGGCACGCCUGGCCCGCAGGAGUCCGGCCAAGGAGAAGGCGAAGCACGUGUCGGAUGCCGCCGGCUCUCCCGGCGUCAAACCGGGCGCGUCCUCCUCCUCCUCCUCGACCUCGUCCGUGUCUUCGUGCUCCUCCGUGGGGGCACCGCGCGCCACCAAGAGCUUCCUCGUGCGCCUGUCGUCGGCCGAGCUGAAAGCCAAGAAGAUCGUCGACUGCAAGACGGCCGCUGUCGCUGUGGCCGCGGCGAGGUUGAGGAGGAAGGUGGCCGCGGCGGCGAGUUGCGCGCUCGCGUCCGACGCGGCGGUGGCGGCGGCGGCGCCCGGUGGCACUCGGACGCCGCGCACGGACAGCGGCUCCGACCUCUCGGACUGCGUCUCGGAGCCCCUCUCGGUCUCGGACGAGCAAGGAGGCGGCGGCAGCGGCGGCGGGGAUCCGAACGUCUCGGACAGACAUCUGGACGACCUUCGCGAGAGCGCGGAGGACGGCGAUCAGGAGGAGGAGGAGGUGGUGGUGGGGACGGACGGCGCGCACGCCGAAGCAGCUGCUGCUGCUGCUGCUUUCUACGACGACGACGACGAGACAACUGCUGCGGCAGAUGCCGCUGGGAAGGCAGCAGACUUGGCGGACUGGAGCGACAGCGGCAUGGAGGCAGAGUCGGCGGACUCCCCGUCCGAGCUGAGGUCCGCUCUGCGCGCCGACGAGGAGGGCUCCGGCGAGGCGGCCGAGUCCUGCUCGUCGGCGACGGACGCGCGGUCCAGCAGGCAGGGCGAGAUGUACGGCUUGGAGGAGGAGGAGGUGGAGGAGUUCGGCUUCUUGGACCAGGAGAUCUUCCGCGAGAUGGAAGAGCUGCGCUCCGAAAACACCUAUCUCAAGGACGAGCUGGAGGAGCUGAGAACGGAGAUGGAGGAGAUGCGGGACAGCUACCUGGAGGAGGACGCGCAGCACGUGCAGGACCUCCGGCGUGAGCUCGACCGCGCGCACAAGUCUUGCCGCAUCCUGCAGUACCGCCUGCGCAAGGCCGAGCGCCGCAGCUUGAGGGCCCUCGCCGCCGCACACUCGGGCCACUCGGACGGGGAGCUCAUCCGGGCAUUUGAGCAAGACCUCAAGGUUGCUAAGGACGUCUCGGUGAGGCUUCACCGUGAGCUGGAGAGCGUGGAGGACCGGCGUGUGCGGGCAGAAGAUGAAAACGAUACCCUGCGUGCCAAGCUCAUUCAGCUGGAGGUCGCGAAGCAAGCGCUGCAGAACGAGAUGGACAAGCUGAAGGAGAGCUCGCUUCGAAGGCGUGGCAGCAGGGAGCUCUACAAGCCAGAAAAGAGACCUUUGUCCCAGGAGGACAAUGCAGACCUCAAGUGCCAGUUGCAGUUUCUGAAGGAGGAGGCUGCGCUGAUGCGCCGCAAGAUGGUGCGCGUUGGGAAGGAGCGAGACCGCUUUGAGCAGGAGCUACAAAAGUACAAGGCCUCGUACGGUGACCUGGAUGGGCCCCUUACUGCAGGGGACGGCAGCUCGGCCAUCGGCGGUGGCCCUCCGAGCACGCGGGAGACCGAGCUGAAGCUUCGCCUGAGGCUCGUGGAAGAGGAGGCCACCGUCCUGAGCCGCAAGAUCGUGGAAUUGGAGGUGGAGAACGGAGGCCUCAAGAGCGAGAUGGAAGAGAUGAAGUGCCACUGCGAGAAGGGGUCUGCGACGGCGGAAGGCUCUGACGCGGACGACCACAGGUCUUGCAUUUCGGUGGAUGGGGAGCUGGGCGAGUCGGCGUGCGAGCUCAGGCGCCACCUCCAGUUCGUCGAGGAAGAGGCGGAGGUCCUGCGUCGGUCGGUGGUGGAGCUGGAGGAACAAAAUCGGCUGCUCACAGAGGAGCUCGGACGCUCGCGGCCGGGUUCUGACCCUGAAGGUGACUGGGAUGAAGAGAUGUCCGAGAGUGGACCCCCGUCAUCCGAAAGUCUGCAGGAGGAGCUCGACAUUGCACGCAGCAAGAUCGGGCAGCUGAGCGGCAAGUUGGCGAAAUUCCAGUACGAGAACAGGCUUCUGCUCUGCAAAGCGCAGGGCAGUGAUCUCGUUUCCCAGGCGAGCCACAAGGAGAGCACCGACGGCAGUCUCGAGGACCUUGGAGAACCGUCCCAAUUGAGACGCGAGGGGCCCGUGGGUGGUGAGGGAGAGAGCGAGGACCAUCGGGAAGAAGCCACUUCUCAGAUGGAGAAUGACAUGAGCCUACUCCUGAGACGAUACGAGGAACCGCGGAAACUCGCGCGCUUCAGGAGCGAAGCAGAGCGUCUCGGGAAGGUUGUAGAGUCGCUGAUAUCCGACACGGACAGUUUGAUCGGCGAAGCAAAGGAUGCCAUGCCGUGCAGUGAAGUCGAAGAAAACGAAGGGGAAGCUUCAUUCGCGAACAGUGGACCACAACUGCUGGACAAAAUCGAUGCUAGGAUGAGGGACAUAGGCAAAGAACUGAAAUCUUUUAUCGAAAAACUUGACAUUUCAGCGGAUGAUGCUGCUGAUGAAGAUAACACUUGCACAAGAGACACCUUCUCCCACUUUUCUCUGAAUCGGGACCACACACUGGAUUUCCAGUCUGAGCUGGAGGAUCAGGCGUCUUGGGAUGAACAUUCAGUUGACAAGGCUUGCAACCUAACACCUGCAGACAAAACCUCUUCCGGAGCGUUGCAUGAACGAAUGUAUGGAAAAACAGAUUCUGUGGAAUCUGAGCUACGAGAGUCGCAGGAAGUCCUCUCAGAAGCCAACAUGACCAUUCAGCAACUUCAGGUGCAGUUGGAGCAAGAGCGACAGUAUCGGAGAGAGGAAAACCAACACCUGGAGAAGCAGAUCUCCCUGCUCAAGGCAGAGCAACGGAAGCUGGCGCUCCGGCGGGACUUUGAGCUGCAGAGCGUGCGGCUGCAGCAGAAGCUGGAGCGCCGCGAACUGGCGAGGGCUCGCGGAUCGCUUGUGCAGGAGGUGCGCUGCCUCCGCCAGGGCCUGGCACUCGUGUGCGCUCGGCUGCGGGCCGUCGUGCGGCACUGGAGGCAGGGCCGCAAGGACCUGGGGCUCGGGGACGAGGCCUUCCUCGACCUGGAUGGAGCUGCAGAUCUCAGUCUGGUUCUGGUCGAGAAGGAUCUUCUGGAGGACCUGUCAGAGGCAUCAAACACAUCAGAGAGCACAGAGGACAGCGGAGUGCACUCCUUGCUGGAAGGCUUGGCUGAGAAGAGAGACAGCCUCACCGCCAUGGAAUGUCUGGGCAAAUGGGAACAGCAGGGCCGGGAGAGCCGUCGUGUGCUCCUGGAGCUGCGCUCGGUGCUCGAGGACCUGCAGUCGGAGUUCCGCGAGGAGGAGCGCAGCCGCUCCGAGCUGCAGCGAGAGUUCGCCACCGAGAAGGCCACCUGGGAGAUGGAGCGCGCGCAGUUCAAAUUCGUCCUGUCUCAGCUGCAGGCAGACAUCUCGUCGUCGGGCGAGGAGCCUCCGCUGCCGGAGCAGCUGGCGGAGCAGCAGAAGGCGCUGCUGGCCGACAUGCACGGCCGCACGAUGGAGCUGCGGCGCCAGCUUCACGCCGGCGAGCGCGGCUGGGGCCGCGAGCGCACGGAGCUGCUGCAGCGGUUCGACCACGAGCGCAAGGAUUGGGAGCAGCAGCUCCGCCUCAUGCGGCACAAGGUCCACCAGCUACAGAAAGAGAAGCCAUCGCAUGCAGCCAGUGGGCUGGCUCAGCACCUUCCCGGAGUUUCAUCGGGACUCCGAAGCGAGCAAGGAAAGAUCAUCUCCAUCCUGCGCUGUGGCCCUGACUCCCAAAUGCUGAAGGACAUUCGGCCACGUGCAUUCGAAUCCCUGGUUCUGGACGCACUCAGCCUGGACUCGCCAAACCGGGAGGCACUACACAAGGCCCCAAUGCUGGGACAGAAUGAGGUGAAACUAUUCCGUAGAACAAACAGCGAGGAGCCGGGAGAAGACACUGAUGGUAAAACAGGUUUACGCAGGGCAAGGUCAAGUUCCUCCAUCAAUGACUUCGAUGCCCAAAUGGACAAUGUGCCAUACCUUCCGGAAAAGAGCUCCCCGACCAACAGCGAUCCGCUGUUCAUUAAGAUCGACGGGGUCUCGCACCCACUCUCGCCAGACGACCUGAAAUACAUCGAAGAGUUUGCAGCCAGGCGGAGGGUCAACGACGCCACCCACGACCGCUGGUCGAGCGACGGGCGGGAGAGCGAGCAGGCUUUGCUGCAGGAUGGCCCCGCCGAGAGUGAAGGGCACUCCUCCUGGUACCUCACCACCGGCGACGACGUGAGCGGCCGCGUCCUCGCAGACGCGGAGCUCCAGGCUCAGGAGAUCAUGGGCUUCGGCACAGAAGAAGCCGAGAGAGACGGGGAGGGGUACUACGGGCGUCGGUCGCCCAGGGGAUCCGACGCGGCGCAGCCGGAAGGCGACGCCGGCGACGGCGGAUAUUCGUUCCUGUCCCCGCACAGGAGGCGAGCGGCCGACUCGCGCUGGUCGUCCGAGCUUCUCGGCCGUCGGAGCGACUCCUCCGAGAGCGGCAUCGCGUCGGACAUACAGACGUCCUCGGCGGCCGAAACGGAGGCGUCGCGCAACAUGAGCGACGACAUGAAGGAGGCGGCGUUCGGCACGCGGACGGGCGCGCACGGGGGCGGCGGGGACGACGACGAAGACGAAGACGACGGCGGCGGCGGCGGCGGCCGUCCAACGCGGGACACCGCCAGCCAGACGGCCUCCGCUUCCACCACCGGCACGCAGACCGUGCGCACCAUGGUGAACGUGUGCGCGCAGACCGAGUACGUGCGGGGCCUGUCGUCCCACCGGGCGGCCGUGCUGCAGCGCGCCACCUCGCAGGCCGUCCUCGGCUCGCCACGCUCGUCCCUCGGCGCGCGCGGCAAAGGCUCCGCGGCUGCGGCGGCGGCGGCGGCGGCGUCGCCGCUCGACAAGAUGGACGCCCGCUUUGAGCGCAACUGCUGCUCGAAGUUCAGCUCGCCGAGAUUUCCGCGGAAGGCCCCCGCGAGCCGUGCCGAGCAGGCUCGCUACGGCCGAGACUCGCCGCUGUCGCGGCUCGACUCGCUGAAAGGGCAGAGCGAGUCGGCCUGGGCUCGCUCCACGACCACGCGGGACAGCCCCGUGCACACCACCUCCAAUCACGGCCUCUCGAGCCUCUUCACGUUUAUCGAUCACUCCACGGAGGUGCCCGGCAAGGCAGGGCCAAAGCCCGGCGGGAAGGAGCCAGUGCGGUCGCGAUCGGUCGACAUGUCGCGGUCAAACUACGGGCUCAUCCAAGAGAUCCUGAAAAAUGCUCGAGACAGGUCACUGAGUCCUAACUCCAAUCGCGAACAGAGGAUCUGUGCUGCGGCUGUCAAAAGCUGUUUUGGGUCUCCGAAGAAAGAGGUGCCGGUGACUGCCCCUCCGAGAGGGAGAGAAGCCCUUGGUCAGUCGAGCAGUGAGCCUGCAGCAGCGAAAUCAUGCGACCAAGACGAUGCAGGAGAGAACAACACAGACAAACCUACGGGGAAUACUCCCGAAUCGCCGUCGUCCCGCGAGUCUGCAGCUGCUCGGCGUUCUCAAAAAUCCACAACCCGGGCAUUCCAACCCCGGUGGCUGCCGCGAGAUUCAUCCUCCCCGUCCCCCUUGGCAUCGAGCAAGAAACCCAAGUCCGGUCCGGCAAACGCUUCGUGUAUGAAACCUUCAGCUGAUGCAGGUGGAAAACAGGAAGGAGAACACGCAGACAUUCAAGGUGAACUGGAGGGCGGUGGGCGUUGCUCGCAGUCCCGUCCGCAAGAAACUGGGGAAACAGCAGCCGAGUCGGAACAUCCAGAAGGCACCGAGAACGGCGCAUCGGAAGCAACAGAAAAUGAGGCUGCCACCCGUGGUACUGAAGAAACAUCAACGAAUAUGACGUUAGAGAAUGACCAAGAGGACACGCCGGACGUUGAUGAUAAUCUGGGUGGUGAAGACAAAGAUUUCAGAGAUUUAUCUGAUGAUGAUGAAGAGGAGGAGGAGGAUCCAAGUGGAAUCUCGAUCAAUGUCUAUCUAGACAAAAAUACCCAUUCUGAUGAUGAUGAUGAUGAUUACAGCUCAGCAGACAAACAGGAGAGCAAUAAUGAGCUGAUAGCUCACGACAAAGCAGAGAAUCCAGCACCAGAUGAUGCAGAAUGCAUUGCCUCAAUGCCAGACGAUGAACAAACAUUCGAUGACCCUGCAGAAGAAGUCGAAUUUAAUACAGAUGUGGCCAACGACGAGUCUCCGAUUGGGGACACGGAAAUAUGUGAGCCAGAUGGUGGCAAUGAUCUUGCAAACGAUGCGGAUGACACCGGGGACCUGGACAAAGUGGAGGAGCUGGAGGAAAAAGAAAAUGAUUCUGAUGCAGAAUCGGAACGGGGUCAACUUGAAGCAGAGAAUUCUGAAGAUGGCAAUGAUCCCACAGCUUAGGUGAAAACGCGUAUGAGAAUUUUAAUAGCAACAAUUAAUGUUAGGGAAAUAAAAAGAUUAGUGCCAAUUUUCAAGUUCGUAUGCAAGUUCUUUCUUGCUUUUUCUCAGACACAGGAAUUCGUAUCUAGCAUAUUGAAAUGCAGCCAUAUCAUUUAUUUGCGAAAUUUGAUGAAACAUUUAAAUUAUGCAUGUAAACUUAAACGGAGAAAUAUUAAUUU